UGCUGUUGGGGAGGAGAAGAUGCCGGAAGAAGGCGAAGCACGUGAGCGGUGGAUUGAGAAAAGCGCGGUGCUUUUUGACCUCAUCCUUCAAUCGGUCAACAAGGAGAUGUUCGAGCACAUCAAGGAUCUUGUGGAAGCGGAUGAUUCGGGUUGCACCAGUCACAUGACCCCACGGGCAGAUAUGCUUGAUGAGGUAAAACCCCCUGGAAAGAUUAAGUAUGUGGCAGCAGCGUCAGGUGUUUUGCUCCCUGUGAUUGGUGUUGGGAAUGCCAAGGUUAAGGGAGCUAAUGGGGAGCUUGUGGGGCUUGGGAAUGUUCUGCUGGUUGAAGCAGCAACGGCAACAGCGGCAAAGGCAACAGCAGGAGGAGAUGCAACUGCACCAACUGAUGGGGUCCUGGAAGCAGUUAAGAAAGUGCAGCAGCAGCAGACACAUGGUGAGAAAUUGGUGAAGGACGGGAGCCUGAAGGGCUUGGAGGUCAAGGGAGGAGUGAAGGAGAUUGGGAGCUGCCCUACAUGCUUGGAGACCAAGUUCUCCAAGUUCCCCUUCAACAGCACUACAGGACCAGCCAAGACCCCACUUGCACUUGUGCACAUGGAUGUGGUGGGGCCCACAAGAGCCCCUUCCCUCUCAGGCAACCGCUAUUUCUUGACAAUUGUGGAUGACCACACUCGGGAAGAUCACAAGGGGUGGCUGCUAUGGGACUUGACCACCCAGAAGUUGACAGUGUCAAGGGAUGUGAAGUUUCUGGAGUCCCUGUACUACAAGGAAUGGAAGCAGCAGCAACAGAAGCUUCCAUCUACACCGCUCAUUGUGGAGGCAGGCCUUCAAGACAGGUGGAGGUUGCAGUGUCUGAGGAGGAGAUGUCUGGGGUGACUGAGGAAGGGGGAGCAGCUGAAGUGGAGCAGCAGCAGCAACAGCAUGAGUCUCCACCUCGAGUUCCACACCCGCCUGAGCGAUCUAGGAGGGAUGUGCGCCCUCCGGUGAGGCUGACCUAUGGGGGAAGAGGCAAGCCGAAUGUGGUGCAGGCUGGGAGUGUGGUUGAGCAGAUUGAGGAAGAUGAGAUUGCAUUGUGCUAUUGGGCUGCA